UGGUGGUGUGAUCUAUUUAGGGCUGACCCGAUACCGUGUACAGUUUUCUCCUAGAACAGUCAAACCUACAAGGCGCUGGUAUGCUAGGACUCUAGCCCACUCAAAGGGUAGAGAAAACAGAGCGAGAACUGAGAGUCUGAAGACCUGACGACCUACAUGCCUUCAUGGGGAACACCAGUAUUACGGAAGGGAAGACUGCCCUGUCUGUGGGCGGCUCUUCAAUAGCCAGGGGCAAGACUUCCAUCACCAUGGGCAAGUCCUCAAUCACCCGUGGGGUCACCACUACCUCUAUGGGCGACUCUACCAUAACCAGAGGCAAGACCACCAUCUCCCUGGGCAGAGCCAGCUUCAGCCGAGGCAAAACUACAACCUCCAUCCGCAAGGCCCUCAUGCCCAAGCGCCGGACCAAGUAGAUGGAAAAGGGAUCCAUAAACGCUGAAACCAAGACCAAGACUUCAAAAGCAAGAAAGAGCACUGAGAAGGACGAGACAACCGAUAUACAGCAAGAGGACGACUCAAAAGCCAAGGCUUUUCUUUUACUGAGAAAGACCUGCUUUACAAAAGGGAAAAUAAAACUCAUGAAAAGCAAGAAGGCCAUCUCAUGGGGGAAGACAGUUCUUUCGAGGAGCAAGACCAAACUGAGGAAGGGAGAGACUGCGUUUGUGGUGGGUACAACUACAAUCACUCACGGAGAGACUACCAGUUCUUUGAGCAAGGCCACUUUAAGUCAAGGGGAGAAGUCUGUCACUGUUGUUAAGACUUCCCUUAAAAGAGGCAAAGAGAAGCAAUGGAAUCUCUACUGGGAUUUUCAUCUGUGACUUAAAGACACAAAUGUAACUGCAAAAAGUAUAUGUACAGCAUAUGUGUAUGUGUGUCCACAAAGAUUAACUUUGUAGCAGAGCGUUUAAGCAGGUUGGAUGUCUUGUAAGAUGCAAGUGUUUGCCAGCUUGCUCUAGAAUCGCACACAAUGCAUUCUAGAUGCAAAAUGAAGUUUAAGUGUAUAUCUAAAAUUGGCUUGGAAC